AUGUUUUUGAAGUCAGUUGUAUUUUUCCUUGUUCAUGUUUUCAUCACCUGCACAAAAUGUCAUUCGUAUUUUUUAAAAAAUAAAUAUUUUGGAAAUGUGUUCUUCAUUAAUUCGCACAUAAAAGGCUUUAGCAAGAAUGACGAGAAGAAGGUGGUGAAAGUACAGCGGAACAAGAGACGAGGUGUGCACCGGUGGGUUAGGAAAGGAGGGGGCCAUUCUUCUACAAGAUGUUUUUUUAAGUCAAAGGGGGGGAGUGUCCUUCUUCCAGGGGGUGGUAACCAUGUCGGCAUGAACAGUGGCAGUGGUAACCAUGUCGGAAUGAACAAUGUCAAUGGUAACCACGUCGGUGGGAUGAUCGGUGGUAACACUCCUCUGGGGAACUGUGAUGGAGGUGAGUGGGUGCGCAGAAGACACAGAAGCAAACUCUUCUCCAACAAUUUUGAAAAAGUUUUUAAAGAAAAUUUCGACGAAAGGAGUCGACUGAAAAAGAGCGAGCUCAUCUCCAUCGUAGCCUGUAUCUGCACAAACAUAGUUAUAGAAUUUUUAAAAAUGAAAGAAGAAAAGAAGACCGAAAAUUUUGAUUAUCCAUUUGACUAUAGCUUAAUGAAUAUCCUAAAGCUGGUGAAUUUUGAAUAUGAUGUGAAUGAGGAGGUUAAGAAGAAAAGGAAAAAAGAGAAGAGGGAAUUUAACCGAAGGAAAUUCAAGGGGGGUGGUGUCCAAAUGGGUUCAAAUAUGGGGGAAAGCGUCGCUAGUGGGAGGGGUGGCGAAGGAGAUAAGAGGAGAGAGAACGAUUCAGCGGAACGUGGUUUUGGAGGAUCGCUAAAUGGAAGUAUAUACGAAGAGACGGAGGAAGAAGUCAACAUAAAUAUUGAUAACAAGAAUACAAAGGAAGAAAAUGAUAAAUUGGACGAGUAUAUUAAAAUGAUGGAAUUCAAUACAAUGGAAAUUAAACAUAUAGAACCUUAUAUCGACCUUUUUUUUGGAAAGAAGACAUUUGAAAAAGUUUUUGUAAAGAACAAGAUAGAUGUACAGAAAAUUCACGAUAAGCUAAGUGAGGCUUUGUUUGAUAAGUGCCAAGAAAAAGCAAACGUGAUGGAAUUACAAAAGUUUGUUGAACAGGAGGAAAAAACAUUGCACAAGAAAAGAGUUCAUGUAAGGAAUAGCUCCAUGUCUUUUGACGAAUAUAUGGAAGGUCUGGGUAGCUUAGAGGAGAGCAAGGGAGUGAGUGAGGUGGAGAAAAUUCUGUACGACGGGGAGAAACCCUCAGAUGGAGAGUUUACCUCUGAGGGGGAAACGAAAAAGAAGAAAAAAAAAAAAAGGAAAAAUGACAAUGUCAUGAUCAGCGAGUUGAAAGGUACUGAACGAAUGGAUGAUGACCAUUUGGGGGAUAACAUGGGGGAUGGACCAGACACGGACAGCGAUUUCUCCGAUGGGGACCCUUCAGACGGAGGUAGGAGCAGCGGGGAUAGCGUCUACAGGGGCAAUGACCCAGAAGUUGAAGAUUCCGAUGGAAGUACAAACGGUGGGGGGGAAAGACACCAAGGGGGAGAGGAAGAUUUUUCGGGGGGAGGGCAGGAACAGGAGCAGGAAGAAUUCGAAGGGAAAGAGGAGAAUAAGGAAGAGGGGGGAAGUGGAAAAAGUGGUGGAGUGGAAUUCCUGAAUGGAAUUUCAUACGCUUUGAUAAGAAGGAAGGCAGAGAUGGAAGGAAAGGAUGACACGGAGAUGGAGAUAAAUGGUGACUUAUCCGUGCAGACAGGGGGCAACAUCGUCUUGAUAAAAUUUUUGUACGAUAACAAAUACGCGUGCGAAUUUAGGACAGACAUAGGUGUGAUAGCGUACCAGAGGGUGGAAAGUAAAUCAACGCAUGAUGUAGGAGAAGGCUUAAAAAAAAUGUACAGUCGAAUCAUCGGCGGGAAGGUUUUAUCCGAUGCCGACUUGAUUAGAGGAGGCCCUUUUAAGGGAGUACUAGAAGAUGUACAUUUUGAGGAAUUGUAUGAGAUGCCUUACAAGAAGAGGUUUGCACGAAAGCAACGUAUCAUUAGGGAAAUGAAUAAUUCAAUUGUGGUGGAGAAGGGGGUAAGCGAAAUAGAGGCGUACCGUAUGCUGUAUGGGUACCUGAAGGUAUGGGAAGAAGACUUACACUGCUACGAGGUGAACAAGGUCGAAAUAAGGCACAUGUGUGGGGUAGAGAAGGAGAGAAAAAGAGAUGGGGAAAAUUUGCUAAGUGAAAAAAUGAAGUACAACUUUUUUCGCAGUUACGAUGGGGAGGUUGAUCGGGUGGUUGAUCGGGUGGUUGAUCGGGUGGUUGAUCGGGAGGUUGAUCGGGAGGUUGAUCGGGAGGUUGAUGCGAUGACUGAUGAGGUGACUGAUCAGGUGGAUGACGUACUUAUCGAUAGCGAACAGUACAGACAAUUCGUGUGCUCGAACGAUGAUAACGCGAAUGGAAAUAUCUACGACCACCUUGGAGGUGACUUUUCAAACAUCGAUUAUAUUUCUUUUAAGGCCAAACUGUUCAUCAACAAUAGGAAGGAAAUUAACUGCUAUGAGGAUUUAGUAAGAAAGUUGACGUUUGAUAAUUCGAACUUAAGUGUAACCAUCCUAAGUCGCUUGAAGGAAAUAAAGGAAGAUCUAUCCUUUGUGUCGGGUGAUAAGUUUUUAAAAAAUUAUACAUUUGACGAGGAGGACGAGUUCUUGAAUUUUAACAAAAUUGUGCACAGGUGUAUUGUCGAAAGUAGGUACCAUACGAUGUUUCCAAACGAACGUGGUGAUCUCAAAGGGAAGGAAAGAAAUUUUAAAUUGUUUUGUCAUUAUGGUGAUUCUUCAGGCACUAAUAGGAGAGAAAGUGCGUUACCCACCGUUAGGGAGAGAAACGUUUUCGCAUCGCAAGGGGGAAAGCGAAUCACUCGUCUGGUAGCAUGGGUAGGGAGAGCACUUCCCCUUAGUGCGAAAGUAAGUGCCGAAGAAGGUUUGAAAAAGAAGCAACAAAAAGGAAGAAAGAAAAAAAAAAAAAAAAAAAACAUGGGUGAUGCUGAUUUAACGAGGACUGAAAAUCAGGAGAAUGAUCCUUUUAUCGAAGAAAUGGAUAAGGAUUUGGUGCGUUUUGAUGAUAUAGACAAGAUUAUGGAGGUACGUAGGGAAGGUGAGGAAAGUAGGAGCAAUAGCGUGGGUGAUAGAACAACCGGCUUGCUCAAAGACCAAGUGACUAGCCAAAUGGUAGAAGAGGUAGGAAGCGAACAAAAUAGGAACAAUGGGAAAAUCAGAAGUUAUCUGGAAAAAAUGCUAGAAAGACAAAAACAAGUAAACGAUUUUUUAAGUUUAGAAAAAGCGCAAGAAAGUGUAAAAAAAAAUUUAAGCGUGGUAAAUUAUGAAGAAGCCUUUAAGCAACUUAAGAAUCAAUUGAAGGAUAACUCCAAAGGGAAACAACAGACAGUCGGGAAGGAGAGUGAUCAGGUAGAAGUGACAGAAGUUCAAGACAUAGAUGAUGAAGAAAUCGAAAGGCAAAUUAAAGAUAUACUACAAGGGAAGAACGUAAAUGUGGAAUCAUGUCGGAUAGGGCACCUUGAAGAAGGGGGCGGAGUGGAUACAGAAGAACCUAAAGGAAAGGGAGACCAGAAAGAAGAAGAGGAAAAGAAAAAAAUUGAUGAAUUUUUUAAAAGUAUGAGAGUGGAAGUGAAAUUGAGUAGGGACAUGUGCGUGGGGUGUGGAAUACCCUUUCAGUCUUCUGACGAGAGGAAGUUCGGAUUUUUGAAAAGACAUGUAUACGACAGGGUGGUUAGCAGGGAUGAGGGGGUCGACAGGAGGGAUAUAUUGCGCGAUAUAUAUGAGGGGGGUGCGCAGGAGAAGUGUGGGAACGAGGUUGGAAAUCUAACCGCCCAAGGGAAGGACAAGUUCAUUGGCGAAAAGAUGGUGUGUGAUAUGAGGAGGAAGGUGAUUGACCAACUGGGGGGGCAACCAGAGGAGGAGAAUAAAAAGAAGCAACUGCUGGGGGAGUUUCACAAAUUGAGAGGAGAAGCCAUGAGCAGGGUUAUGGAGUUAGGGAGGGGUGUAAAUUCUGAAGGUGGAGAGAACAUCUCUGUGGGAGUGCAAUCUCCCGAAUGGAAUAACACACAGGGAAGAGGCAACAGUAUGAUGCAGAAGAAGGUAGACGAAGGAAAAGGAGGGGAAAUGCCUGAAGAUAAGUUGUACUUAUGCGAACGAUGCUUCAAUUUAAAAUACAAAAAUGACAUAAAGGAAAAUAUGAUAAUUAAUUAUAGAAAUAAUAAUGAAAUUAGUGCCCAAGAUUUCGAAAAAUACGUAAUAAAUAUUUUUAAGAGAAGAUGUUUUAUAAUUUAUAUCGUAGACAUUUUGGAUUUAUACGUUUAUUCCAAUUUGAAAAAUUUAUUUUUUUUAUAUAAGAUGCAUUCGGAUAAGGUUAAUGGUAAGAGUGAGGGUUUUUUUUUUUGCAUAAAUAAGGUUGAUCUUUUACCCGAGUAUAAAGAAUUCACUGUGAAGAAUUAUGUGUAUAAUUUUCUGCGGAGCAACAAGAUCAAUGUACCGUUUCGGAAUAUAUUUUUGGUGAGCGCCAAGACCGGUUACAACGUGAAGAAGCUGAUUUACACGGUGUAUAUGAGGAGCAGAGUGGUACGCAAGAGGCGGAAGGGGCGCUUAGCCAAAGGUGGGGAUGUUAACGGGGUCGACGGGCAAGGUGGAAGUGAAACUGACGACAAUAACGACGAUAGUGAUGAUGAUGAGGAGGAAGACGAUGAUGAAUAUGAUGAUGAUGAGGUCGACGGAGUGGAUGAUCAGCUAUAUCGUGACGAUGUUAGCGCAGACCACAUGAGCGAACUGGUCUCCCCGCCUGGAGAAGCACCGAAAAGGAAGAAAUUUUUCUUCCUCAAAAACGUGAAUAUUUACAUGGUCGGAAAUGCCAACAGCGGGAAAUCUUCCCUCAUGAAUUACCUACUGAAGAAUGUAAAAAAGAAGGAUAACCGAAAUUUCGAAAUUAGCAACAGCAUCAUCCCAGGAACAACAUUAAAAAAUAUACAAAUAAAGUUAAGUAAAAAUAUAACGAUUAAUGACACCCCAGGAAUUAUAUCCAGUCAGUCCAUUCUCUCUUGUCUUAACUUUGAUGAAAUGAAAUACGUGGUAUGCACAAAGUUGAAAAAAAAAGUAAGAUCCAUUUAUAUAAAUAAAAACGAUUAUAUUUUUAUCGGAGGACUUGUAUACAUUCACAUUUUAAAUAUUAAAAAACAUUACGCCAUAAUGUCUUUUUUUAUGUCGGAGAAAAUUCCGAUAAUAAAAAGGAAAAACUUUUGCAAAGACGCAGGGAAAUUUUUAAGGGAGAAGAUAGGGAGCGGGUUUCUUUAUCCCCCAUUUUCAGUAGAAAGAUUUGAUGAAUUGAACAAUUUUAAGGAUUGCUAUUUUAAUAUUACAAAUCCAUGUGUCGACCGGGACAGUGGUAGUUACGAUAUCCAUAUACAGGGGUUGGGGUGUAUCACUUUUUACUCAUUUGAGAACAUUGAAUUUUAUUUGCACACGCUGAACAAUGUAGAUGUUGUUUCCAGGAGCUCCCUUAUGCCGUACCAUAAGAAGUAUGGCAGUCUGAAUAUUUCGAAGGGGAAGUAG